AUGUUUAAUAUCAUUAGUAUAUCCUGCUUCCUGGCAGCUACCGUAAAUGCGGCGUUGAGUCCCGGCUCGAUAGAGUCGGAUCUCUCAAUUCUUAUUCAUAAUGACCUUCUAGAAGGGAACAGCACACUGGCUGGAUCUGGAGUUUUGCUUCUGGAUCCAAUGCCACUGCAGAAAGCCAUUGAGACCUGCUAUAGCCUUGGGGAGACUUUGUGGUCUUACAAAGCCGAGUUUUCGGACAUCAAACAUGACUUGCAGUAUCUCAGUUAUCAGGGCAAAUAUAGCGAGAACCAAAAAUAUUGGAUCGCCCCUGUUCACAACACACCUUCAACAAUCAAUGCGAAUGGAAAAGUCCAGAAAGCUUCUGUGAACACUCACCUCCCAGCACUCUGCACCCAAAGUGCCCCGUACUCCAACUCCGAAAGCCAAGAUACGAGUUCGAGAUGGCAAGUCUCUGUUCAUUCUAAUAAUGAAUACCUCACGGGGUUUCGUGAUCGAGUGAGCUUCCGCUUCCUCGGCAUUCGAUAUGCUCCGCAGCCCAAACGCUGGACCCAUUCCCAGCUUUAUGAAGGAACAGGCAACGAUGCUUCCGCCCUCGACUACGGAUCUGAAUGUCCACAGAGUUCCAGUGGAGCAGAGGACUGUUUCUUCCUGAACAUCUGGACGCCAUACCUUCCCAAAUCCAGAAGUACACGAAAGGAAAAACUGAAGCCAGUCAUGUUUUGGAUUCACGGCGGUGCUUUUCAAACCGGUACUGGAAGCGAUCCCACAUCUGACGGAGGCAAUUUAGCAUCAAGAGGUGAUGUAGUGAUGGUCACCACGAACUACCGUCUGGGAAACCUGGGAUUCUUAGCUCUAGAUGAUGGAACUACAAACGGGAACUACGGAUUAGCGGACCAGAUAAUUGCACUUGAGUGGGUGCAACGCAACAUUCGAGAUUUCGGCGGUGAUCCGGAACGAGUGACUAUAUUUGGACAGUCUGCUGGAGCAGGGUCAGUUCGAGCGCUCCUAGCCUCCCCAAAGUCCAGAGGAUUGUUUGCCGGUGCCGUUAUGUUGAGCAACCUAGGGGGCGUGGGUUAUGGAACGACAUACUCUGAGUACUACAGCAUCGCCGAGGAGAUGGAGGUCGUGGGGAACGAUAUUCUGAGCGAAACAAAUUGCACAAAUGCCCGCUCCAGGAUUGAGUGUCUACGCAAACUUUCCGCAUCAACGAUUAUCAAUCUUAGCGCUAGUGCCAGAUAUCUCGUGGUCGACGGAGAGUACCUGCUGGCCCCAGAGCUGGGUUUAACGAGCCCCAAAACUACAGCAAAUGUCCCAUUAAUGCUAGGCACAACCAGAGAUGACGGAGCAGCGUUUAUAGCUUAUCCAUCAGCCAACGAAACCAUCCAAGAGUUCCUAGAAGCAUCAGACCUCCCCUCAAACGUGGUUCCCAAUCCGCUUUUCCCCAUCCCAUCGGGAUCAAACAGUACCCUCGACAUCUUCAACACUUCAGCUCGGAUAUGCACAGACGGUGUAUUCCGCUGCAUCGACCAAGCAACCGCAUACGCAGGCCUCAAAAACCACAUCUUCCCUUCCAUAUUCUUCUAUGAGUUCAACCGCACCUACCAAAUGCCAGGGUGGUCACCAAAUCCGCCACUGUGUCAAGCACCCAUCACAUCAGAGUUCCCGUAUGGUGAUCCGAGCAUGGAGUAUUUCAAAUGUCAUUCCGGGGAGCUAUACUAUGUUUUCGGCAAUAUCCUGCGCGUGGGACUUCCGCUACGAGAUGAAUUUGACUUGCCGUUCGAGCAAUACGUGCUUGAUUCGUGGGCGAGCUUUGCCCGCUCUGCGGAUCCGACGCCGGAUUUGGGAUUCUUGAAGGCAAGGGGUUAUGUUAAUACGACGAAGGAAGUUGAGAGGACGGGGUCUUGGGAGCGGUUUCAGAAGGGGAGUUAUAAGAUGAGGCGGUUGCAAUGGCCGUCGGAGAUGGUGGAAUUGGAUGAAAAGCCUCAGUGUCAAGCAUUGAAUUUGUCGUUGAAUUAUUAUACUAGCUAA